ACGAGCCGAGCGGACGCCCGCGCUCACCCCACGCUCGCCACCGCUCGGAGGGCAGCGUCACAUCAUCAGAAUGUGACUAAACGAGUGUACGCCACCGAUGGUCGCUUCCUUCGCCUUCCCUGCGACGUUGACGUCGACAAACUUUUAUCACUUUCUAACGUAUUCAAUUUUCCGCGUGUGUCUCGCUUCGUACUCGCGACAACAAAACGUGUGUGUGUAUAAAUAAAUAUUAAUUGUAUAGUGCGUUAAGCGGUACCCGACAUGACUAUAUCUUAUGCCGGCGAGGUCCCCAACGGUAGCAGCUUCGGAUGCUUCUGGAGGAUCCUUCUCAAAUGGCGCGGCAGCGUGUACAAGCUGGUGUGGCGCGAGCUGCUGGCCUACCUCACGCUGUACUACACCAUCAACCUCAUCUACCGCUUUGGCCUCUCGGAGGAGCAUCAAAGGAUAUUCGAGAAGGUGCGGCAGUACUUCGGUGCGCAGAGCGAGUCCAUCCCGAUGUCGUUCGUGCUGGGGUUCUACGUGAGCCUGGUGGUGAAGCGCUGGUGGGAGCAGUACAAGCUGCUGCCGUGGCCCGACACGCUGGCGCUGUUCAUCUCGGCCGGCAUCCCCGGAGCGGUCAGUAAAGACGAGACGGGGCGCCUGAUGCGGCGCAACAUCGUGCGCUACAUGAUCCUGGCCUACGUCAUCACGCUGCAGCGCGUGUCCCUGCGCGUCAAGCGCCGCUUCCCCACGUGGCAGCACGUCGUCGACUCCGGUCUGAUGCUGGAAAGCGAGCGCAAAGUGUUCGAGAAAAUGGACGGCAAGAGCCCGAUGUCGAAGUACUGGAUGCCGUUGGUGUGGGCCACCAACAUCAUAAACCGCGCGCGCAAGGAGGGCCUCAUCUCCAGCGACCACAUCGUGCAGACGCUGCUCGUGGAGCUCUCCGACAUCCGGCGCCGCCUGGGCGCGCUCAUCGGCUACGACACCGUCUGCGUGCCGCUGGUCUACACGCAGGUGGUGACGCUGGCGCUGUACACGUACUUCGUGGCGGCGCUGAUGGGCCGGCAGCUGGUGCCCGCGGCGCCGGGCAGCACCUCCAAGUACGAGCCCGACGUCUACUUCCCGCUCUUCACGGCCCUCCAGUUCUGCUUCUACGUGGGGUGGCUGAAGGUGGCCGAGGUGCUCAUCAACCCCUUCGGCGAGGACGACGACGACAUCGAGCUCAACUGGCUCAUCGACCGACACAUUAAGGCGGCAUACAUGAUCGUGGACGAGAUGCACGAGGAGCACCCCGAGCUGCUGAAGGACCAGUACUGGGAGGAGGUGGUGCCCAAGGAGCUGCCCUACACCGUGGCCUCCGAGCACUACCGCCGCCACGAGCCGCCCUGCUCCGCCGACCACUACAAGGUCAAGGCCGAGGACGCGCUCUACGCCAACGUGCACCCGCCGCGCAAGAGCCACGACGACACCUACGCCGACUACGAGAGUGUAGAUACACCAUUGGUAGAACGACGAAAAAACUGGUUUCAGAGACAGAUAUCAAGAAUGGGGUCAGUUCGGUCCGCGUCCACGGCGUACUCGUCGGGGGGGCUGUUCGGGCGCCACCGGCACAACUCCGUGGUGUACUCCAGCCCCGAGGCCGGCCAGCCCGCGCCCGCGCCCGCGCCCGCGCACAAGAUGUCGCUGUACGAGCGCCUCGUGGGCCGCCGCUCCGGCCGCUCCCAGCCGCGCGCGCCCUCCCGCCACGGCCCCAAGAGCAACGGCGCGGCGGUGCCCAUCACGCUGCGCAACCGGCCGCGCAUCCCCACGCCCGACGUCACCAAGGAGGUGAUGGACCGCGAGAACCGCCUCGCCAUGGGCAUGCAGAACAUGGGCGUCAUCAUGGCGCAGAGCUACCAGAACGAGGUGCCGGUGCUGGGCGCGCUCGUGCUGUCGCCCAUCCAGGAGCUGGACGGCGGCUCCGUGAACAACACGCUGCACGCCGGCCAGCCCGGCACCGCGGCGCUGGCGCAGGCCGUGCUGGCGCCGGGCGUGCUGGGCGGCGCGCCGGUGGCGCUGGCGCCGGUGGGCGUGACGCCGCUCGCGGCGCUGGUGGGCUCGGCGCCCGCGUCCCCGCGCGGCUCGCCCGCGCCGCCGCGCGCCACGCUCACGGAGCUGCCCGACGAGCGCGACCGCGAGAGCGACCACAGCGGGCCCGCGUCGCCCGCGCCCGCCGCGCCCGCCGCCUCGCCCGCCGCCUCGCCCGCCGCCGACUACAAGCCCGACUCCAAGCGCGGCGAGGUGUACGUGUGA